UGAAACGAUAAGCUGUACGGUAACGUGUUAGAGAAACACUACAGGCCUCGUUUGCGGCCGCCGUUUAAUCUAUUCUGAAAUAGAAGUAGGAAUAUAUCUCUGUAUACUGUAAUAUGUUGGCAGCUCUCACCUCAAAGGAUCGGAUGUGAAGAACACAGCGAUGGAGGAUUUUGUUCGUGUGAAAUGUGACUGGAUAUGGUUGCUAACACUCCUUUGUUUAUGGGAUUCAUCCGAUGGGCAGGUUGUGUACUCCGUGUCAGAGGAGGUGCAGAAGGGAACCGUGGUUGGAAAUAUAGCGAAGGAUCUGGGACUUAAUGUCAAUGAACUGGAGUCGCGGAUGUUUCAGAUUGUGUCGGGUUCCAGCAGAAGAUAUUUUGAGGUAAAUUUGAAAAGUGGCGCAUUGUUUGCGAAUGAGAGAAUCGACCGAGAGGAACUGUGUCCUGGUGCUCUGAAAUGCAGUUUAUUUUUAGAAGCAAUUAUUCACAAUCCUUUAAAUCUUUACCGGGUAGAAAUUAAUGUGUUAGACAUAAAUGAUAACGCACCUUUUUUCCAACGGAAUAAGAUCGAGUUAAAAAUAUCAGAAAUUGCUAAUCCAGGGGAAAAAAUUACUGUUGUUAUGGCAGAAGAUCCCGAUAUGGGCAGUAACUCGGUGAAAACAUACAAGAUAAGCCAGAAUGAGCAUUUUAGCUUGGAUGUACAGAGUGGAGAAGAUCGCAGAGUGUCUGCUGUGUUAAUGCUUCUGAAAGCACUGGACCGAGAGAAACAGGCCAUAAUACCGCUAGUAGUUACUGCUGUUGACGGCGGAAAACCUCCCAGGUCGGGAACCCUGCAGAUCACCGUGAACGUGAUGGAUGUGAACGACAACACCCCAGCGUUUAGCAAGCCGAUGUAUAAGGUUAGACUAAAUGAGAAUGUUCCAUACGGGACGCGGGUCUUAACGCUGAAUGCAACCGAUCCUGAUGAAGGGAUGAAUGGCCAAAUAAUUUACUCUAUGAUUGAGCACCAAAAUAUAAAUUUGGAUAUUUUUAGUAUCGAUCCGUAUACUGGUCAAAUCUCGGUGAAAGGGAAAAUUGAUUUUGAAGAACAUCCUGCCUUUGAAAUACACAUAGAAGCUACAGAUAAAGGCGUCCCACCACUGGGCACACAAUGUAAAGUUAUUAUCGAAGUUAUUGAUUUGAAUGAUAAUCACCCAGAAAUAUCAGUCACUCCACUAAUGAAAAGUUUAAGGGAAGACGCAACUAAUGGAACAGCUGUGGCGCUGAUUACAGUUUCAGAUAAAGAUGGAGGCAAAAACGGAAUGGUGAAUUGCGAUAUAGUCGGUUAUUUUCCUUUUAAACUGCACACUUCUAUAAAGAAAUAUUUUUCACUCGUGGUCGCCGGACCGCUAGACAGAGAAAUUUCUUCUUAUUACAACGUCACCAUGACAGCUACAGAUGAAGGAACUCCGCCUCUGUCCAGCACCAGCGUCAUUACUGUGCACGUUUCUGAUGUGAACGACAACGCGCCGCGCUUCCCAGAGCCGAUGAUAAAUAUCUAUGUAAAAGAGAACAAUCAGAUCGGCACCGUUAUAUAUACCGUGUCUGCGGCUGAUCCGGAUGAAAACGAAAACGCCCGAGUUUCUUACUCGCUCAUUGAAGGCUCUUCAGCCAGUGUUCCGCUUUCUAGUGUAAUAAACGUUAAUUCGGCCAGUGGGGAGAUAUACAGCCUAAAGUCUUUUAACUACGAAGAAGUGAAAACGUUUCAGUUUCAAAUUCAGGCCACAGACUCUGGUGAGCCUCCUCUAAGCAGCAACGUGACCGUGAAGGUUUUCAUCCUGGAUGAGAAUGACAACAGUCCUGGGAUCCUCCUGCCCUAUUCGGACCAGGGCUCCGUCAGUACUGAGAGCAUUCCCUACUCUGCCGAAGCGGGCUACUUCGUGGCCAAGAUCAGAGCUGUAGAUGCGGACUCUGGUUAUAACGCGCUGCUCUCUUACCACAUCGCCGAACCCAAGGGAAGCAACCUGUUUAGAAUCGGAACCAGCAGCGGGGAGAUACGGACUAAGAGGCGAAUGAGUGACAAUGACCUGAAGACUCACCCGCUGGUCAUUUUGGUUUCUGAUGGCGGAGACCCAUCCCUGUCAGCCACCGUGUCUAUUGAUGUCGUGGUUGUUGAAAGUAACAGUGAAAUUCAGACCCACUUCAAACAACUGCCGACCAGAGAGGAGAGUUUUUCGGACUUAAACCUGUAUUUGCUGAUCGCCAUCGUGUCAGUGUCGGUGAUAUUCCUGCUGAGCCUCAUCAGUUUGUUAGCCGUGAAAUGCCACAGGACGGAGACCAGUUUGAGUAGAUACAGCGCUCCGGUGAUCACCACACACCCCGACGGGAGCUGGUCUUACUCUAAAUCCACCCAGCAGUAUGACGUGUGUUUUAGCUCAGACACACUGAAGAGUGACGUAGUGGUUUUCCCGGCGCCGUUCCCGCCUGCAGACGCCGAACUGAUCAGUAUUAACGGGGCUGAUUCUUUGAAACGGAACCAAACUCUGCCGACCCGGGAGAAGGUAAGGCUAUAG